UCAAACUACCAAAAACCCCACCUCCCCAAGAUCAAACAAAAGACCCCUCCCCCAGACAACCCAACAAAUCCUCCAUGGAAAACCGCACCUCGAACCUCCAAGCUGCACCAGUGGACACUACUUGCUCGACAAUCACCAUCAAAGGCAUCCUCAGCUUGCUGCUGCAGAAUGUCGACGAAAACGACGGCAGACGGCUGAUUUCUUUGGGCAUGGGCGACCCGACUGCCUUCUCUUGCUUCCACACGACGCAUGUUUCGCAGGAAGCUGUAGUCGACGCCCUCCAGUCCGACAAGUUCAAUGGCUAUGCACCCACUGUUGGUCUUCCUCAAACCAGAAGAGCAAUUGCUGAGUAUCUGUCUCGUGAUCUUCCAUACAAGUUAACAUCUGAUGAUGUUUUUGUCACAUCUGGUUGCACACAAGCCAUUGAUGUCGCAUUGGCAAUGCUUGCUCGCCCCGGUGCCAAUAUCUUGCUUCCAAAGCCAUGCUUCCCUAUUUAUGAACUUUGUUCUGCUUUUAGACAUCUUGAAAUUCGACAUUUCAAUCUCCUGCAAGAGAAUGCAUGGGAGGUUGACCUUGAUGCUGUUGAAGCUCUUGCAGAUCACAACACAGUUGCAAUGGUAAUUAUAAACCCCGGGAAUCCUUGUGGGAAUGUGUACAGUUACCAACAUCUGGAGAAGAUCGCAGAAACUGCAAAAAAGCUUCAAAUUCCUGUAAUUGCUGAUGAAGUUUAUGGGCAUCUUGCUUUUGGGGAUAAACCAUUUGUGCCAAUGGGAGUUUUUGGAUCAACUGUUCCGGUUCUUACUCUCGGGUCCCUGUCAAAGAGAUGGAUAGUUCCUGGAUGGCGACUUGGUUGGUUUGUGACGACUGAUCCAUGUGGCAUGUUUAGAAUACCCAAGGUUAUUGAGCGCAUCAAGAAGUAUUUUGACAUCUUGGGAGGGCCUGCAACUUUCAUUCAGGCAGCAGUUCCUCGCAUCCUUCAACAAACCGAAGAGGCUUUCUUCAAGAAAACUCUCUAUUUGCUGAAGCAGUCCUCAGACAUUUGCUGUGAUAGGAUAAAUGAGAUCCCUUGUCUUACCUGUCCCAGCAAACCAGAAGGAUCCAUGGCCGUAAUGGUGAAAUUAGACCUUUCACUACUGGAAGAGAUCAAUGAUGAUAUUGAGUUUUGUUUCAAGCUCGUCAAAGAGGAAAGCGUUAUCUUUCUUCCAGGAACAGCAGUAGGGCUGACCAGUUGGAUACGCGUUACAUUUGCUGCUGAUCCAUCUUCCAUUGAAGAAGCCUUGAGGAGGACAAAGUCUUUCUACCAAAGGCAUGCCAGAAAAUUAUAGAUGUAUUACAUAUAUUUAUACACAAAUAGCAGCAACAGGAAAUAGCAAAAUUAUAUGUAAAUCAGCUAGAAAUCAUUGUUUGCUGAUGGUCUGGCAUUUGUAAUACUAAGAACGUAUCUCACAUGUAUUGAAUGUUGGAAAAUUUAAUAAUAUUAUUAUUAUAUUAAA